AUGAAGCACGCCGGUGUGCAGAAGGGAGACACCGUCGUCAAUGUUUGUCGGUCCGGAGCUGUGUCGGUGUUCACGUCAGACGAAGGUCGACGCGGUGGACGCAUCCUACCGCUGAAAAGCACCGUCGACACGGCUAUCCAGAACCUCAACUUCGUACGCAACGUGUGCGUCUUCAAACGUACACACAAUACCGUCGUUCAGAUGAACCCGCAAGUCGACGUAGACAUGGAGGAAGAUAUGUCACAUCACCGUCUGUACGGUCCGGCAGAGUAUGUGAAUGCAGAAAAUCUCAUGUUCAUCUUGUACACCUCCAGUUCCACUGGGGCGCCCAAGGGAAUCGACCACACAUUGGCGGCUACCUGA